AUGCGCGACACGGAGGCGACAGGCCCGGCAGCGCCCCAGACAGGCCCGGCGGCGGGUGAGAGCCAGCAACGAGAGCAGCAGCAGCAGCUGUGGAAUCAUGCCGAGCCUCCACCGCGCGCUGGCCUCUCGCUGUCCGUGGCCGAGGACGAGGCAAACUCGGCGUCGAGCCACGAUGAGGGCUCCAGCGCGGAUGAGACGACGCCGGCGGUAGCCUCGUCGGAGCAGAAUGGCUCGGGCGCGACCAAGAAGCGCAAGAGGACCAAGUACCAGAAGACAUCAUGCGAGCUCUGCAAGGCGCGCAAAGUCAAGUGUGACCGCGCCGAGCCCGCCUGCUCGUGGUGCGCGCGGCAUAACCGGACCUGCGUCUAUCUCGAGAGGCAGAAGCCGGGCAGCCGCAUCGGCUUCAGCCUGGAGCUCGAGGCCAAGGUCAACCGCAUUGAUGCGCUGCUGCAGAGCCUGGGCCGCCGCGUUGAGGAGCACAUCGCAAACGAUCACCUGGCCGUUGCGCAGGCUCAGAGCCUGUCGCCGGCUCUUACUAACCAUCUGCCGUCUCCAGGCGAUGGCUAUCAUCAGGAUGCCUCGAGGCUGGGCCACGCGGGAGCGGCGAGAAGCACUCCUGCGGCGAGGCCAAGUCUUGCUGCCCCCGUCUGGGAUGCGAAUGGCACCGAAGAGUAUCAAGACGGUCGAGUGCCGUCAAGCAACUCGGUCUCCGCAAGCAACUCCCACGCUCAAACUUAUCCUCCCUCAGGUUUCUCAACGUCUCGGAGGGGCCCCUCAUCCAUCAGUGCCGCUAAUGACCUUCCCCCCCACGAUAUUGUCUACAACAUUGUCGAUCUCUACUUCAAACAUUGCAACCCCUGGUGCCCUAUCCUGGACCGCAAAUCUAUAUUCGGCAUCUUUUUUGGCUCAACGUCUCUAAGCGAGCCUGAUCGAGUCCUUUUACACGCCAUCGUCGCAACGACUUUGAGAUUCUUAAAAGAUCCUCGGCUGUCUCCGGAAAUGAGGGCCCACCACCAUGCGGUAUCGAGGCAGAUUGUUCAGAUGUACGCCAUGGAAAAUGUCACCAUUACAGCUCUAAGGGCUCUGGUAAUCCUCAGUCUGGACGAAUUGGGCACGUCGAAUGGACCCAAGGGAUGGAAUAUGCUCUCGCUUCUGGCGCAGAAUGUCAAACAGCUCGGACUGUGCGAAGAAAGCAGCGUGUAUUUGACCGUUCAAGCCGACAAUGUGCCCCAUACGGGAUCGAUACGGCGAGUUGUUACUGGACGGCCGGAUUCGUGGAUUGAGGACGAAGGACGUCGACGGAUCUGCUGGAUGGUAUAUCUGCUCGACCGAUACGCAACAAUAGCGACGACGACUUUCGACUUUAUGCUGGAGGAUAGGAAGAUGCACCGGGUUCUCCCGUGUUCGUAUGACUUGUUUUCCAGGAAUGUCCCGGUCGAAACGCGUUCUUGGGUUUCGCCGUCUCAACAGUAUGGCACCACUGGGUUUGCGGUGAAUAAGCCAGAGAAUCUAGGGAGCUUCUCUUACCACUGCGAGAUUUUGAGGAUACUCAGCAAAGUUCAUAAUUUCCUAAAGACGCCCGUCGACAUAACAUCAUCAGCCGACGUAGCCAGCUGGCGGAACACCUACCGAUCACUAGAUGGCGCGCUGGAUGGCUGGUUGAGGAGUCUGCCAAGCGACUAUAGCAAGAUAUCGGCGCUGUGUCACUCUGACCCUGGAAGCCGAGUAGCAAAUUGGUUCAUGUUGCACGGUGCAUACGUCACGUCAGUGGUGCGACUGCAUUCCUCUGCUGCAUAUCCUACGGUCAGAUCACACCUCUUCGUGCCGUCGUACUACGCAAUGCAACGGUGUCUAUCUGCGGUCCAGAGCCUGGCGGAUAUUGCUCGGGACGUUUUUGAAGCAAGUGGUCUGGAUAACCUCGGCCCUCCUUUUGUGUUUGGUCUCUGGGUUGCUGCCCGUCUGUUGCUUGUCCACGCAGCAUCAAUAGGCUGCCCUGUCGACCCCAAGAUUGAGUUCUUCAUCGAAAUCUUGAGCCACAUUGGACAGUACUGGGAGGUUGCCAACAACUAUGCCAAGAUACUAUCCAGAGCUGUCCAGAGAGGACGGCAGGGAGACAUGAACUUUACAGCUAUGCGCAGGAGCGCACAUGAUUUAGCAAUCUUGACGUCGUCAACGAGAGAGUCGGGCGCGGAACCUACAUCAACGCAGGUGACGUCGCUGAGCGAACUCGACAACAUUGACAUUUUUGAUUUCUUCAACUAUCCGAAAUUAUCAGAACCAAGGACAGGAAAUGGCCAAGCAUGGCAGACUCAGGGCGUUAAUGGAUUAACGGGAGAGUCAAUGAGGAUGCCAGAUCCGGAGUCGGACUGGCUAGGGUACACUUCACAAUAUCAGUAA